GUGUCCCAUGAAAUCAUGCAUCACCAGCGGCGGAGAAGAGCGGUGGCCCAGUUAGGAGUUGACUCUCUUCACCUUCGGCUGAAAGGCUCCAGCCACGAUUUACACAUGGAUUUGAAAACUUCCAGCAGCCUCGUGGCUCCCGGAUUUAUUGUGCAGACCUUGGGAAAGAGAGGCACUAAGUCUGUGCGGACCUUACCUCCGGAGGACUUCUGUUUCUACCAAGGCUCUGUGCGAUCCCACCGAAAUUCCUCGGUGGCCCUCUCGACCUGCCAAGGUUUGUCAGGCAUGAUAAGAACGGAAGAAGCAGAUUACUUCUUAAAGCCACUUCCGUCACACCUCGCAGGGAAACUCAACAGCUCUGGCAGGGGCGGCUCUCCCUCCCACAUCCUAUACAAGCGGUCCGCGGAAGCCCAGGCGCCCAGGGCCGCUGAGGUCAUGGUGACCGCCAGGACGCGGGAGCCGGCAAGUCAACACCCGCACCGUGGCGGCCUUCACCUUGGGCGCCCACAAAAGCAGCAUUUCUGUGGAAGACGCAAGAAAUACAUGCCCCAGCCUCCCAGCAAAGACCUUUUCAUCUUGCCUGAUGAGUACAAGUCUUGCUCACGGAAUAAGCGCUCUCUUCUGAAGUCCCAUAGAAACGAAGAACUGAACGUGGAGACUUUGGUGGUGGUCGACAAAAUGAUGAUGCGAAACCAUGGCCAUGAAAACAUCACCACCUAUGUGCUGACCAUACUCAACAUGGUGUCUGCUUUAUUCAAAGAUGGAACGAUAGGAGGAAACAUCAACAUCGUAAUUGUAGGUCUGAUUCUUCUAGAAGACGAACAGCCAGGGCUGGUGAUAAGUCACCACGCGGACCACACCUUGAGUAGUUUCUGCCAGUGGCAGUCUGGACUGCGGGGGAAAGACGGGACCCGCCAUGACCACGCCAUCUUACUGACCGGUCUGGAUAUAUGCUCCUGGAAGAAUGAGCCCUGCGAUACUUUGGGAUUUGCACCCAUAAGUGGAAUGUGUAGUAAAUAUCGCAGCUGCACAAUCAACGAAGACACAGGCCUCGGACUGGCCUUCACCAUUGCCCAUGAGUCCGGACACAACUUUGGCAUGGUCCACGAUGGGGAAGGAAAUGUGUGUAAAAAGUCUGAGGGCAACAUAAUGUCCCCAACGUUAGCAGGACGCAACGGAGUCUUCUCCUGGUCACCCUGCAGCCGCCAGUAUCUGCACAAAUUUUUAAGGACCCAGUGCUACAGACAGCCAGAGGCCAAGCUCUGCAUGCUGGACUUUAAAAAGGACAUCUGUAAAGCUCUGUGGUGCCAUCGGAUCGGAAGGAAAUGUGAAACUAAGUUUAUGCCGGCGGCAGAAGGCACUGUUUGUGGGCACGACAUGUGGUGCCGUGGAGGGCAGUGUGUGAAGUAUGGCGACGAAGGCCCCAAGCCCACCCACGGCCAUUGGUCAGACUGGUCACCUUGGUCCCCAUGCUCCAGGACCUGCGGGGGAGGGGUGUCCCACAGGGACCGCCUCUGCUCCAACCCCAGACCGUCGCAAGGAGGGAAGUUUUGCAUGGGCUCGCCUCGCACCCUAAAGCUUUGCAACAGUCAGAAAUGUCCCCAGGACAGUGUUGACUUCCGUGCUGCCCAGUGUGCUGAGUACAACAGCAAGCGAUUCCGAGGGCGGCACUACACGUGGAAACCUUACACUCACGUGGAAGAUCAGGACUUAUGCAAACUCUACUGUAUCGCAGAAGGAUUUGAUUUCUUCUUUUCUUUGUCAAAUAAAGUCAAAGAUGGGACUCCAUGCUCGGAGGAUAGCCGUAAUGUUUGUAUAGAUGGGAUAUGUGAGAGAGUUGGAUGUGACAAUGUCCUUGGGUCUGAUGCUGUUGAAGAUGCCUGCGGGAUCUGCAGGGGGAAUAACUCAGACUGCACGAUUCACAGGGGGCUCUACACCAAGCUCCACCACACCAACCAGUAUUAUCACAUGGUCACCAUCCCUCCUGGAGCCCGGAGUAUUCGCAUCUAUGAAAUGAACGUAUCCACCUCCUACAUUUCUGUGCGCAAUGCCCUCAAAAGAUACUACCUGAACGGACACUGGACCGUGGACCGACCUGGGCGAUACAAGUUUUCUGGCACUGCCUUUGACUACAGACGGUCCUAUAACGAGCCCGAGAACUUAAUCUCUCCUGGACCAACCAACGAGACGCUGAUUGUGGAGCUUCUGUUUCAGGGAAGGAACCCGGGCGUUGCCUGGGAGUACUCGGUACCUCAGGUGGAGGCUGAGAAGAAGCCCAUCGCCCCGCCCAGCUACACAUGGGCCGUCCUGCGCUCUGAAUGCUCCGUCUCCUGCGGAGGAGGGCAGAUGACCACAAGAGAGGGCUGCUACAGAGACCUGAAGUUUCAAGUAAAUACAUCCUUCUGCAAUCCCAAGACCCGCCCUGUCACGGGGCUGGUGUCUUGCAAAGUAGCUGCCUGUCCUCCCAGCUGGUCGGUGGGGAACUGGAGCGCCUGCAGCCGGACGUGCGGCGGCGGUGCCCAGAGCCGGCUGGUGCGGUGCACGCGGCGCGCGCGCCACCACGCGGAGCCGCUCCCGGCCGGCCUGUGCCCGCAGCCCGCGCCCCCCAGCCGCCGGGCCUGCAACCCCCAGCGCUGCCCGCCCGCCUGGAGCGCCGGGCCCUGGUUGGAGUGCUCGCGAACCUGUGGGAAGGGCUGGAGGAAGCGCCUGGUGGUCUGUAAGAGCACCGACCCUGCGGCCAGAGCGCAGCUGCUGCCCAAUGCGGUCUGCACCUCGGAGCCCAAGCCCAGGACGCACGAGGCCUGCCUGCUGCAGCGCUGCAACAAGCACAAGAAGCUGCAGUGGCUCGUGUCUGCUUGGUCCCAGUGCUCUGUGACAUGUGAAAGGGGAACACAGAAAAGAUUCUUAAGAUGUGCUGAAAAGUAUGUUUCCGGGAAGUAUCGAGAGCUGGCCGCAAAGAAGUGUUUGCAUUUGCCGAAGCCCAACCUGGAGCUGGAACAAUCCUGCGCCCUCUUUCCAUGCCCCAAGCACCCCCUCUAUGCUGCUGCAGGUCCCCCAAGGGGCAGCUGGUUUGCCUCACCCUGGUCUCAGUGCACGGCCAGCUGCGGGGGCGGCGUCCAGACCAGGUCGGUGCAGUGCCUGGCCGGGGGCCGGCCAGCGUCCAGCUGCUUCCUGCACCAGAAGCCGGAGGCCUCCCUGGCCUGCAACACCCACUUCUGCCCCAUUGCGGAGAAGAAAGACGCCUUCUGCAAGGACUACUUCCGCUGGUGCUACCUGGUGCCCCAGCACGGGGUGUGCGCGCACAAGUUCUACGGCCGGCAGUGCUGCAGCGCCUGCUCCCAGGCCAACCUGUGA